AUGGGUAGCGUUCAGGAAUACUUCAAUGACUGGCCAAACGAUAUCGGUUUUGAUGCCAACUAUGAGGAAAGACAGCCCGUUGAAGUCUCUGUGACCGGCGAGAUACCCUCUUACGCAGCGGGAGUUCUCUACCGCACCGGCCUCGGUAAAUCCACCGUCAAAACCGACGUUGGAGAGACUUUCGAAGUCUCCCACUGGUUUGAUGGAUUCAGCCAAACCCAUCGGUUCCAGAUCUUGGCCCCAGAUGAAUCCCAUCCAUCCACGCGGGUUUUGUACAACUCCCGCUUUUCGACAGAUGAAUUAAUCGAACACAUUCGAAAGACGGGCUCAAUGGACAAACUCAGCUUUGCACAAAAGCGCGAUCCCUGCAAGACCGUAUUUCAGAAAGUGCAAAGCACUUAUAUCCCAGAAAAUGAGCCAUCCUACCACAAUAUCGGAGUGACGUUGUCUGUCAAUAUGCCAGGUUUGGGCGACAAGACAGAUGUUCGCUGGACAGGUGCGUCUGGAAUCAAGACUUUGUACGCAAAGACCGAUUCCAGCAACUACAAGCGGAUUGACCCCGAGACCCUUGAACCUAUCGGACUCGCUGUCCAGAGUAAUCUGCACCCUGACCUCACCGGUCCCCUCUCUGCCUCACAUGCACGGUCUGAUCCGGUGACCGGAGAUGUGUACAACUUCAAUCUGGGGUUUGGCCCUGAGGGGUCAACCUACCGGGUCUUCCGCGUAUCUGCAUCAACGGGCGCUACUUCGAUUCUGGCGACUUUUGCUGGCACUCCAGCGUAUCUCCAUUCGCUAUUUAUCACCGAAGAUUAUGUCCUGCUCUGCGUAUGGAACUCGCAUGUCAACCCUGCCAACUUCAAGGCUUCCUUCCUUGAAGCUAUCCAACCCUUCGACGCAUCCAAGCCCGCAACAUGGUACGUGGUCGACCGUAAGGGCAGCCAGGGGCUUAUUGCGACAUACGAAAGCCGCCCCUUUUUCAGCUUCCACACCAUCAACGCCUGGCAGGAGCCCUGCGCCCAGGAUCCCACCAAGUCUGACAUUGUGGCUGAACUAAUCAUAUUUGAUGAUUUGAGCAUUCUCGACAAAUUGUACUUUAAGAAUAUGAUCUCCUCGUCCGCCAGUGCCAAAGCUUGCGUCCAAGGCAAACGCGAUGGAUGUCGCUCGAUGUUAGCCAGUUUCCGACUUCCAGAUGUCCCUGCAGCACCAGCCUCUGAAGUGAAAAAGGCUACUGUGGAUUGGACGGCCUGCAAUUCGCUGGCUCCAGAGCUGCCCACGAUCAAUCCCAACUAUACCACACAGAAACAUCGCUACACCUACAGUGUGACAGACCGGGACGAAUCGACCUUCUUCGACGGCAUCAUGAAGUUCGACAGCGUGGCCAAGGAGACCCUCCUUUGGAAGGAACACGGCCACUCCCCGGGAGAAGCGAUCUUUGUUGCUGAUCCCGCAGGCCUCAACGAGGACGAUGGUGUCCUCCUCAGUGUGGUAUUGGAUGGAAGGGAAGGCAAGAGCUAUCUGCUCUGUCUGGAUGCCCGCAGUAUGACUGAACUCGGUAGAGCGCAAUUGAACGGGCCAGUGGGAUUUGGCUUCCAUGGUCAGCAUAUUCCGGCCAGUGGAGGACUGCCUACUGGGGAUUACUAG